CGCUGAGCACCCAGCGAGAGCACGCACGAGAGAGAGCGAGAGGGUGCAAUCACAUAGCACUUGAGCAAAGGAGCGGGCGUGCAUUCUGGCCUCAAUAUGGCUUCAACAAAGUUCCUGGAAGACAUGCCAGGGAUUGUUUGCGACAACGGCACCGGGUUCGUGAAGGUUGGGUAUGCCGGAGAAAACUUUCCGCGGUCCAUCUUCCCGUCGCUCGUGGGGAGACCGAUUUUGCGUGCCGAAGAAGCUUUCCAGGAGGGCGUAGAGCUGAAGGAUAUCAUGUGUGGAGACGCCGCGGCCGCCGUUCGCGCUUCGCUGGAGACCAGCUAUCCCGUAACCAACGGUAUCAUCCAAAACUGGGACGAUAUGGAGGAGCUGUGGAAGUACACUUUCGAAGAAAAACUGGCCAUCAACCCCUCGGACCAUAAGAUUCUCCUCACAGAGCCCCCGCUGAACCCAACCAAGAACCGCGAGCAGAUGGUGGAGCGUAUGUUCGAGAAGUUCGGUUUCGGGGCGUGCAACGUGUCAAUCCAAGCCAUGCUAACACUAUACGCGCAGGGCUUGCUGACGGGGGUCGUUGUGGACAGCGGCGACGGCGUCAGCCACGUAAUCCCGGUGUACGACGGGUUUGUCCCGCAAAACCUGAUUCGCCGGUUGGACGUCGCCGGGCGCCACCUGACCAGGUAUCUCAUCAAGCUGCUGCUGCUUCGUGGGUAUGCCUUCAACCGCACUGCCGACUUCGAAACCAUCCGCCAAAUCAAGGAGAAACUGUGCUACGUGGCGCACGACAUAGGAAUGGAGCGCCGCUUGGCGCAGGAGACGACCGUUCUUGAGGAAUCGUACACGCUGCCCGACGGGCGAGUAAUCAAGCUCGGGCGCGAGAGGUUUGAAGCCCCAGAACCGCUGUUUGACCCAAGCCUCGUGGAUGUGGAGGCGCCAGGUCUGGGGGACAUGGUGUUCGAAAUGAUUCAGAAGUCUCCUAUGGACUGCCGGACCGACUACUAUAAGCACAUCGUGCUGUCUGGUGGCACGUCCAUGUACCCCGGGUUUCCAACCCGGCUGGAGAAGGACAUCAAAGCAAGGUAUCUCAAGGACAUUCUCAAGGGCGACGCGGACCGGCUGAAGAAGUUCAAGCUCAACAUCGAGGACCCUCCUCGCCGGAAACACUUGGUUUUCAUUGGGGGUGCGGUGCUCGGGGAUGUGAUGAAGAACCGACACGAGUUUUGGGCUACAAAGGAGGAGUGGGACGAGGAAGGAGCGCGGGUCCUGCAAAAGUACAGAUGAUGGGCAAUAUGAUGCCCUUUGCUGCUGUCACGUCGACUCGCACGUUGUUCUUGUUUUUGAUUUUGGGAUGGCGGCACGCUGUGGUAGUCCAAUAGAAAGUCGGGUUAUAGUUCGUGUAUUCCGAUGUGAAGUAGCUGCAGUUUUUGUCUUUGAUGAUUUUUUGGGAAAUAUCGAAGGUUUUCAUUCCCAAAUCAACACGUGGUUCGCGACCGACUGCUGUGCUUUGUUUGCCCAGCCAGCUGGCUGGCAUCGGUAAGACGUUUGUGUGACUCGCAUCCACACCGCAUGUAAAUUUACUCCUUUGUUCCUCUGGAGGCUGCGUUUCGCCCCUCCUGAUCAACUUACCUUGCCCGGCAGCAAUCAUUGCAGUCUGGUCCACUU